AUGGCUUCAUCGUUUUCCCGUCUCGUGCGCUUCGUGCCUAAAUCUAACCCCUCCAAGAUCUUCAUUGGAGAGCCCGUCGACGCCAACGUUGAUGUUGGUCUGGCUCUCUAUGAUGGCAAGGAUGUGCAAGUAAAAAGAUUCACUGGAUCUUCCAUUCUUGCACCUGGUCAGGCUACCGAGGAAGUCGAGAGCAUCAAGACUGUUCUUUCGCCAUUGGCGCAGGAGGAAGUUGGCACUAUUCGAUGCAUCGGCUUGAACUACGUUUCGCACGCCAAAGAAAUGAAUCUCGCUCUCCCGGAUCUACCAACGGUCUUUCUUAAACCUUCCACAGCCCUGGGCAACCCAUGGCCAGAGCCAUGCUAUCUCCCCAAGAUUACUCAAAAAGACAACACCGGUGAUUACGAGUCUGAAUUAGCUGUCAUUAUCGGAAAGACUGCAAAGAAUGUCUCCGAGGAGGAUGCGCUUGACUAUGUUCUUGGAUAUACCACGGCGAAUGACAUUUCCAGCCGAACCUCACAGACCAACCAAAGUCAAUGGUGUUUCUCAAAGGGAUUUGAUGGAGCUUGCCCGUUGGGACCCGUCGUUGCAUCGACCUCCAUCGUUCCAGACCCAUCUAAGUUGCAAAUCAAGGGAUCCUUGAACGGCAAUGUCGUUCAGAACUGUGGCCUCACUGACAUGAUCUUCACCGUCCCUCAACUCAUCAGCUUCCUUUCCCAAGGCACAACACUGCCCGCCGGUACAGUCAUCAUUACCGGAACUCCUCCCGGUGUCGGUGCAGCAAAGAAGCCUUCACCUCAGUUCAUCAAGGAGGGCGACGAGUUCCGUGUUUCGUUGGAACCAUAUAUUGGAACUUUGAUUACCCAAUUCAAGAACGAAUAG